UGGGCGGCCAUUGGGUGAGCGCGGAGCAAACUGAAUUAGGCUGAAAAAAAAGACUUUCACAACAACAACACGGACAGCUGCUCUUGCUGCUCCUAAAAAGACACGCUUGCACUUUUGACGAGCUGUUUUCAUUCCAAAGAAGACAUCGGAUGUCACAAUGGCUGCAAACUUCAGCAUAUCAGACAGCGAGUCCGAGCCCUCCGAGGAGGUAGCGGAAGGGGACGGCACCCAACACCCUUCUGGUCAAGACCAGAAAGACCCCAAAGGCCUCACACUUGCUUUACCUGAUCUUAGACUGACAGCAUUGGGUCGCAUCAGGCUCAACUCGGAGUCCCACGCUUCAACAGUGUCCAGAGACGAGGAGCUCCAGAACAGGGGAGAGGAGGAGGCUGGCACGCCCACUGAUGGAGCCCCGUUUCGAGGCCGCUCCAAGUCAGCACCUCCUGCACUCUGGGCCGCCAAGAAGUACGGGCAGCAGCUGCGGCGAAUGAGCGAUGAGUUCGACAGCCUUUUUGACAAAGGGGAAAUCAAGAAGUUGAAGAAUGCUGGGACUUCCAGGCCGAUGCAUCACUCCAGAACCUGGUGGAGUGCCCUGUUCAGCCACCAGGAGACAGAGGGCGAGAACAACCACCUUGACAACCACAGUCAUCGCACUGAGUAAGGACACCCGACUGCGGACAACAAAGCUGUGACUAAACAGAGGACGAGAAGGGGAGGAAUGAGGGACGUCCUCCCCCGAUGAGGACUUUAUGCCUGCACUGAGCAGAGUGAAGAGAGACAAUGACACUGAGGUGCGAGCUCAGGUCUCUUUUCUUCAAACUACAUGAAAUCGGGCAUAUUUUGUAUUUUUUAUGGUUGUGACGUCAAUGUUGGGAAGCUGACAGACGGGGGAGGGAGGGGGGGGGUGCAUUUGAAAAUGGUCUUACCAUGUCGGUCGUCCACAGCAACACUAUGCAACAGACUGCAGACAGAGGAUGGAGGAGGGGUGCUCACGUCAUGCGCUGUUUCGGGUCUUCUGGGGGCCCGAACACAAUGUGUUCUAAUGGACCUCGUGGACUGUUUGGACCAACUUGACUCAAUCAUGAACAUGUUUUAAUGUAGCCAUCCAGUGCUUUGCAGAAGUCUUCGGUCACCUCUGGUUUGGUUAUUUUAAUAAGCAGCCUUUUUGAGGUCAUUAGAAGGACUGAUUUUUCUUUUUUGGAAGGACACCCAAUUGGGGUUUGCUUUAAGAGUGGCAGCUCUGGUAUCACUCAACAUUUAAUACAGUUUCAAAUUAGUUUUGUAUUUUGCAGAGACUGAAAAUAAAAAAAAAUUUUUUUUUAAUAUUUCCACAUUUUCCUGUACUAUUAAUAUUACAAGAAACAAGUCAAUAUAUUUGAAAGGCAAAAGCAAGCAAAUUUGGAGAAACUAUUAAAUACAACAUACAACACUACAUCUUAUAAAAAUGAUGGCUUAAAUAAAAGUCUAUUAUGUUCUUUUUUAUGUUCUGUAUGCCCCAAGCUAAGCUCCUGAAAAAAGGAAAAGUCAAUACAGCAGACAACGUCUUUAAUGGUGGCCAAUUACUUUCGCAAAGUGCCGUAUGUCAAAGAGAAGAACAAUCUUAUACACGGACAAUCUCGAUGAAUAUCUUUUUGUAAAAGUUCAGGGUUAGUCUAUUAUAUCAAGAGAAUAAGAGACAUUUUAAGACUUUUAAAAAAAGCACAAUUCAAUAUGAGAUGUUUUAAAAGCCUCGUGACGCGCAAAGAACUAUAACAUUUUAAGUUUAAAAGGUGUAAAUAUUUUGCUAUUAUUCUAUUAUCAAGGCGAUAAUCAAUAUGACCGUGGCGUUGCUGUGGUUGCAGUGAUGUUAGUGGAAUAUGUGUUGAUGGUAUGGCUGCCGGGUAAGACACAAAAAGAAUGCUUGAUGAUUUGAUGUUUUGUCCCAACAGAGAUUUAGAGAGAUACCUUAAAAAAGUCGUUUUUAGUGUGCGCUCUACAUGACUUCACACUGGAGAAUUUUUUUUUUUUUUUUAAACCAAGCCAGCUAAUGUGAUGAUGUGAUUUAUAUGGGGUCAGUACAAAAUUGUCAAUGUUGCGUUCGUUCUGUCUUUGAAUGGUUUUAUUGUAGCAUCUCCAAAUGGAAUCAAAAGACGGCGGGUCAAGACAAUCUUCAAUAUUUUUAACAUUCAACCAUGUAUUUAAUUGAAUAUACGUAUAUCUUCCCGAUUGUGUGGUUAUGAACAGACUAAAAUUGAUAUACUGUACAAUGUUUUUUUUUACAGUUUGGGUUUUAAAUUUACACUUUUUAAAAGCUAAAAAAAUAUAGUGAUGCAAGUAUUUUGUAUCAAAUGUUUCAUAAUUGUUUAAGUAACGAUGUUGUUGACCUGCAUCUAUCAAGUACAGAGUGUUCACCCUUCGGAAGAGAGCAGAACGAUGUAAAGAAGCUAGAAUCCAAUCAACUGCCUUGAACUUGUUCUGAAUGCAACGUCGGCCACGCGGUACCGCCUUAAACUGCACGCUGUUACACAUGAUGCUUAAGCCCAAUCCAAAAUUUAAAAUAAAUAAAUAAAUACUCGGGCCUGUAUAGUUUCGCAACUUGGUAUUACUUGAACAAAUAUGGAAAAUCGAUGAAAAGUUGCAUUUUGUACAUUUUCUCUACAGCUGUGAAUCUAAAUGCUGUCUUGAAUAAAUCAUGUUAUAAAUGA